UCCUGUUACUUUCCUUGAAAGCUAGCAGAGGAGAGUAACCCAGCAGCAACUCGUGAUUAUACUGCCACAAAGUAAAAUUAAUCACGUUACUUUUUUUCACUGUUACUUUAUGUAAAUGACGUCGGUAUGAAGGCCAGGAAUGGAGGUGAAGUGGCAAGAAACACUAAAUGGGGAGUGGCAGGGCCCCCUGUCCCCUUAUUGAAGCGUGCUGGUUGGGCACCUCAGCCUUGGCCCCUACGCCCACACCAAGUGGAGCGGGUAUACAGGCCCCACGUCCCUCCUCCUCACCCACCGCUCUUCCACACAAGGCAUGCGGAGGAAAGCGCUGAGCGGCCUCAUCUGGUCACUAUUGUCCGCCCAUGUAGUCAAAAUGGACUGCGGAAGGUGACGGUGCUGCUGAACCGCAGGGCUGUGGUGUCGUUUGAGCAGCUGCUCCUGGAUCUCUCAGAAGCGUUGGGGUUUCCUCGCUGGCACAGAGGAAGAGUCACUCGUCUGUACACGGCACAUGCUCGAGAGGUAAAGGGUGUGUGUGAUUUCUUCUGUGGUGAAGUGGCCUUCUUGGCUCUCGGAAAGGCCCGCCCCGUCCUGAACAGUGUGCAAGAUGCUCUGGAGGAACUUUUUCCAGAGCAUUCCCAUUACCGCGCCGAUGCCCUGCAGGUCUGGGAGAAGAAACUCCGGCCAGCGCCAGAUAAAGCUGCUAAAGCUGACAGUGGCUAUAGCGAGGAGACGGAAAACACUGGGAAGAUGCAAGAGACGCAACGAGACGCACGUACGCAUGUCAAGAAUCACACCAGAGCUCACACGUCCCAACAUGCAGACAAAAGCCAGCAAGGACAGCAUAUUCCUGACUCCCAGAAGUCAAAUAAGAAUUCUCUCAAAAAACCUGCUCACCUUCCAAACCACCUCCAGAAGUUGCGUGUUAGGGGAGAAGUCAAAGAGAGACAUCCUUCUCCUAUUGGUCCGUUCAAGCAUAGUGAGUUUCUCAGAGACACAGAUAUCCCCUCUCCUAUUCUGUGUGAAAACUGCUUGGCAACAAGGUCAAGACCUCUGGCUCCAGGACUGAUCAGUACUCUGUCAGGAAGGGUCCCACUCCCUCCUGUGUCAAAGAAGCAGAAAGGAAGCCAUCACACAGGUCAAGAGGUGAGACAGUCAGAUGUUUCUAACAGCCCCUCGUCUCCUCAAGUCAGCGGAGACGAGGCGAAGAGCUCUGCACCAUCACGGCUUCUACGUCCAGCUCCACACGUGGCUUCAGCUCACACAGACAGCUGCGUCCUCCCCUCCGAGGGCGCAGACCUUACCCUGGCUGACAUCGAGCGCUGCUAUGAAAUCGGCCGUUUGAUCGGCGAUGGGAACUUUGCCGUGGUGCGGGAGUGCCGUCGGCGUGACAACGGCCAACCCGUCGCUUUGAAGAUCGUGGAGCGCUCCAAGCUGGUCGGUCGAGAGCACAUGAUGCAGAACGAGCUGAGCCUCCUCGGUAGUCUGAGUCACCCCCGGAUCGUGCGGCUGCUGGCCCACCACCACACCCGUACCCACUCCUAUCUGGUGAUGGAGCUGGUGAGCGGAGGGGAUCUGUUCGAGGCCAUCAAUGACCAGGGGAAGUUUCCAGAGCCUGAGGCAGGACGGAUGGUUUCGGAUGUGAGCGAAGCGCUGAACUACAUCCACUGCAGGAGCAUCGUCCACAGAGACCUAAAACCUGAGAAUUUACUGAUAGAGAAAGUAUCCGCCGGCGUCGGUCGGCUGAAGUUGGGGGACUUCGGCCUGGCUAUGGUGGUAACAGAACCGGUUUUCACCAUAUGUGGCACACCAACGUAUGUAGCCCCAGAGAUCCUCUGCGAAACAGGGUACGGUGUAGCAGUGGAUGUUUGGGCUCUAGGGGUGAUUCUUUACAUCCUGCUGUGUGGCUUCGCCCCGUUCCGCAGCGGGGAUCGGGAUCAGGAGGAGCUCUUCAAGCUAAUAAAACACGCAGAACUUCAUUUCCCUUCGCCCUACUGGGACUCCAUCUCAGAAGAAGCUAAAGGUCUUGUCAGAUCUCUGCUUAACCCAGACCCCACAGUGAGGCUGACAGCAGAGCAGAUCCUCCAGCACCAUUGGGUGAAGGCUAUGGCUGCAGCCUGCAGCCAGAGGGCGCUCUCUGACAAAGCUAAGGGGCUCUCAGCAGAUAAAACAGAGCUGCGCAGAGCAGCUCCAACAAAAGAAUCACUGGAGAAUCACAUAGCAGGAGACUCUGGCACCAAGAAGGAAAUGUCUCCCAGGAGACAUGAUGAAUUCACAACAAGAGGACAAGACCAGAACAAAACUCCACUGGUCCAAUCAGAAGAUAUGAGCACUAUCGACACUUUGGCUUCCCAGAAGAAGAAGCAAACACCUCUAUAUGAAACAGCUUGUCAAAAAAAUCCAGAAACUAUCUCUGCAGAGCUGCACAGCAGGGAAAGCAUUCAGGAUUCAGGUCAAAAUCUCUCAAAUGUGGACCUUUUUAAUCAAAGUGACUCCUCCAUAACUCAAACUGAGCCUUCAUCCCAGAAUAAACUGCAGUCCAAGCAGAAAGGGGAACAACAGUGACCAGUGGAUCCGACAGCUCCAACCAAACACCAACAAUAGCAAAUUGCUGAGAACAGCAUAAUUCAUCCCAGACCAGCAGCUGAUUCUUCAGCUCUGUCCUUCGGCACUAAAGCUCUACCCUGCAGCCGCUGUCCGCAAAUAGACUGAAAACCAUACCAAGGCAAAUGGUCACCACACAUUCAAGCCCCAAAG